AUGUCUGAUACCGAGAUGGGUAACACCGCGCCCGCUGCGGCUGCGUCCAAGACCGAGAGACUUCCCAUUACCGUCUCCAAGCCCACCCCGUACACAUUCGACCUGGGCCACCUGCUAGUCAACGACCCCAACCCACUGGAGCUUGACCCCAACGAGACGCUAAACAACUCACUGAAAGCGACAGCCCGCGAUGGCGUGCAAGUUCUUCUCAACCAACUCCUGACAACCUGCGAAAUCAAAACCUCCGUGUCCGACGGUGUUCUCCUGACCCUCCCCGCCCCCAACAUCCACCUCCCUCGGCACAAGCCCCUGCCGACCCCGAAGGCGCCCACGAAAUGGGAGCUGUUCGCGCGCAAGAAGGGUAUUGGCAAGUUCAGCCAGAAGCCCGGUGCUGCCGGCAACGACAAGGAGCGCCGCAAGAAGCUGCAAUACGACGAGGCGACCGGCGAGUGGCUCCCUCGCUGGGGAUACAAGGGCAAGAACAAGGACGACGAGAACCAGUGGCUUGUUGAGGUCGAUGAGAAGAAGUGGAAGAAGGAAGCGGAAGCUAAUGCUCAGGGAUCUUCUAUCCGCGGUAUGUCGCGUACUGAGCGUAAGGAGCGCAUCAAGCGCAAUGAGCGUAAGCAGCGCUCUAAUGAGAAGAGGUCGAACCCUGCUCGGGCGAAGUGA